UUUCUCCUUUCGACUGUCAAUUGAAUGUCUAUAUUGGACGACGUGGACUACAACUUGGAUUGACACAAGAAUAUACUGAGUUUUUCCCGAACUAAAUAAUGGUUUGCUGUUACUCUUGAACAAACUCUAACAAAAUAGUUUCUAAUUUAGGAAUGCCAUGCUCCUUUUCAACUACUAGUAACAUGCUAGCCAAGUUACUUCGUGAAUUAGCUGUUGUUAGAAACUAGUAGUUAGCAAGUCAGCCAACACGUUAUGAUUUGGGAAGACUAGCUAGCAAAACGUAGCUAACGUUUGCUAGCUAACGAGUUAGUUUAGAGGACAGCCCAAGCUAGUUGCUCACCCUAAAAAAACGUUUUUAGUUGGUAAAUAUUUUUUUUUUUUCGCUUGACACCAAGCAACUUGUUGGUGGUGGCUAACUAGUUAGCGCGUGGGUUUUAUAAAGCAGUUUUACAGCCUCUUAUGCUAGCUAGUUGACCUAGCCAACUAGCUAACGUUAAAGACAUGGGAUUACACCCGUUGGAGUUUAGCGAAUGCUACCUGGACAGUCCCGUUUUCAGGGAGAAAAUAAAGGCACACGAGGCAGAGUUGGACAAAACCAACAGAUUUAUCAAAGAACUCUACAAGGAUGGAAAGAAUCUCAUCAAUGCCACAAAACAGCUUGCGUUGGCCCAGCGCAAGUUUGCCCAGUCCCUGGGAGAAUUCCAGUUUGAGUACAUCGGCGACGCGAAGACCGACGAUGAGAGGUGUAUUGAUGAAUCCUUGCAGGAGUUCUCCAACUUCCUUAAGAACCUGGAAGACCAAAGAGAGCUGAUGAUGAGGAAUAUUACAGAAACGCUAAUGAAACCGCUGGAGAAGUUCAGAAAAGAGCAACUGGGCUCAGCCAAGGCGGAAAGGAAGAAGUAUGAGAAGGAAACUGAGAAGUACUACAGCUCCUUGGAAAAGCUUUUGAACAUGUCAGCAAAGAAGAAGGAACCGCAGCUACAGGAGGCGGACAGCCAGGUGGAGACCAUUAGACAGCACUUCCAGGAGGAGUCUCUGGACUACGUGUGCAAACUGCAGGAGAUCCAGGAGAGGAAGAAGUUUGACUGUGUGGAGCCAAUGCUGGCGUUCUUUCAGACAGUGUUCACCUUCUACCACCAGGGAUUUGAGCUGGCCAAUGACUUUAACCACUACAAGAAAGCCUUACAGAUCAAUAUACAAAAUACACGGAGUCGGUUUGAGGGCACGCGGGUGGAGGUGUUUGAGCUGAUGAAGAGGAUAAGGGAGGUUCCCCAGGAGUACAGACAGACCAGCCCCAUCAGCAGCGAAGGGUACCUCUACGUCCAGGAGAAACGGCCCCCUCCUUUUGGUUCCAGUUGGGUGAAGCGUUACUGCACGUUUGUGAAGGAACAGAAAAUCCUACACAUGGUCACCUUUGACCACAGGUCAGGAGGAAAGAUGGGCGAGACUGAGUCGGUCACCCUUAAGUCUUGUGUCCGCAAAACCACAGACAUGCUGGACAGGCGGUUCUGUCUCGAUAUAGAAAUCACAGACCGACCGGGAACGGUCCUCACGGUCCAGUCGCUGUCGGAAGAUGACCACAAGUUCUGGAUUCACGCCAUGGGUGGGAAAGAACCAGCUGGGCAGUACUUGGGUAAAACCUAUUCAAAAGAACGUGGAAUCGAUGCACAGCUAGAUGACGUAGGAUUGUCAUUUGUGAAGAAUGCCAUCAACGCCAUUGAGACGAGAGGUAUCAAUGACCAGGGCCUGUACAGAGUGGUAGGGGUCAGCUCCAAAGUCCAGAAGCUCCUUAGCCUAAUGAUCGAUGAGAAGAGUAACGAUGUGGAUCUGUCGACGUGUGAGGACUGGGAUGUGAAAACAAUCACCAGCACGCUAAAGCUGUAUUUGAGGAGUCUUCCUGAGCCACUGAUGACCUAUGGACUCUACAAAGACUUUAUCGCCCCUGCAAAGGGUGGUAGUCCAGAGUCUCGUAGCCAAGCCAUCCACUGCCUGGUCCACAAGCUGCCUGAGAAGAACCGUCUGGUCCUGGGGCUACUGAUGAAACACCUGGCUACUGUGGCGGCCCACAGUAAGUUGAACCUGAUGACGGUGGCCAACCUGGGUGUGGUGUUUGGUCCCACCCUGAUGAGGCCCCAGGAGGAUACUGUGGCUGCCAUCAUGGACCUCAAGUUCCAGAACAUUGUGGUGGAGAUCCUCAUCGAGCAACACAAGAAGAUCUUUGGAGAUGUCCCAGGCGCGUCUUCCCCAGGGUUCUCCGCCCCCACCAGGCAGUCCAAGAAACUGUUGUCGGUUCGACAGAACCGACCCCUUGCGGUCUAUAACCCAAAGACCGUGGACCUGCAGACAGUGUUACCGACGUCACCUGAUGUCUGUUCCAACUCGGAUGAGGCGUCGCUCGGCAGCAACGAGUCGGUGUCGUCCCAGUCGACUGCCUCGGGGACGCCUCCGGAGAAGGCCAACCAUGCUCCCCUUCUCGCCAGCCUCAGCACAGACAGCCCAGGGGCCUGCAUUGAUGUAGCAGCCUCGUGGCUCAACUCUGGAGCCCUGACCAAAGCCAGUUCUGAUGGGGACAAGACAGUGGAUGGUGUCACCGGUGGCGGCGGCAAGAGAGCCAUGGCGGUGUACCCGUGCGAGGCCGAGCACGAAUCUGAGUUAUCCUUCCAGGUCGGAGCAAUAUUCAGCGCCGUGGCACCUUCCAGGGAACCUGGCUGGCUGGAAGGAGAGCUGGAGGGGAAGAAAGGCCUCAUCCCUGAAAACUAUGUGGAGAUGCUGUAGUCCAGAACCUUAGCCUGUAUACUCUGUGGAAGACUAGCCUUGUCCCAGAGCUGUUUGUGCUGUAUACCUUUAUAUGGUCAUAGUCAUUACCAAACUGUGGAAGUUUGCUAUACAGCAAAACAUUGUUGGGAAGACCGCACCAACAGAUCUUGGAUCAGGCUAGUGGAAGAGGGGUCUUGUCAUCCCUGACAAUCUACGUCUAGAUGCUGUAUGCCAAACCCAAGGGUCGCCUGGCCUGCUACCAUCUAUGGCUGUAUCUCGCCCAACUGUCACCUUAUACAUGGUAUCCAUGAAGUCGAUGAUAACACACUCCCAUUCUCAAAUUCAUACUUUUUCUUAUGCCUUCAACUCUCACGUUCCCUGCCCGGCGACUACUAUGCCUUCAACUCUCACGUUCCCUGCCCGGCGACUACUAUGCCUUCAACUCUCACGUUCCCUGCCCGGCGACUACUAUGCCUUCAACUCUCACGCUCCCUGCCCGGCGACUACUAUGCCUUCAACUCUCACGCUCCCUGCCUGGCGACUACUAUGUGUUCAUCAACACGUUCAUUAACUUUAAUGCAGAAUAAUAAUAAAUAUCCCCCAGCAAUGAUGUACAAUCCAUUAUCUUGGAUAUAGGAAAGAAAGUAACAUUUGAAGGUGCCUUACAACACCAAGACAGUUGACAUGUAUUUACUGAACGGGUAUGUUUGGAAAAUGCUAAAGAGUUGUGUUCCGUGAAGAAUGUCUGAAAUACUCUUCAAGAGGUGCUUUGGUAUAUUGUGAUUUAUUUAAUUGGCACAUUGAUUGAAUUUUUUUCUUUUUACCACAAUAUUAGCUCUUUUUUUUCUCCAUUGUUUUUUUCAAAGUAUGGUAUCCACCGUUGUGACUGAUUGUACACUGACAUGACAUAGAGGCAGUCAUAUUGGAAUGGUUCUCCUUCAAUCAAACCAUAUAAAUAUAAUUACUAGAACGGUUAUUGUAUUUCUAUGGUUCAGACACUCUUCCUCUGCAUACUUGUUGACCUAGCCAUUCAAAGAUGUCUGAGCUUAGACUAGUUAUCGUGUCGUUUCCACUUCAAAAAGCACAAGGAGGAUUUUGACACCCACCAUCUCAGAUUGUGCUGAAAUCGUUUCUGUAGUUACAGAUAAGAUUAUCAUUCCUGAAACAUAAUUUGAUCUCUAAGAAUUUAAGCUAAUUGAUUGCGCCCAUAUUGGCUAUUUAAAAUAAUAGGAUUGAAAUAAUCUUCAAUAAAUAUAGUAACAUUUGACCAUAAUUCUUCCUACCAAUGAGUAAUACAUGAGGAAUCCAAUAGCCACCCAUACCCCUCACACUCAUCCACAAUUGCACCCCACAACCAGUAUACAGUAUCAGUUCUCUGUCUAGAAAGUAGUAUGGAGCUGCGGCUUGGAGUGUUGCUUCUUCAUCCUAUAAUUUAUUUCCUGUGAAUCUGGUGGGGGGGGGGUUCCCCCUGUUCAGAGAAAUUAGCCAUUUGGAAGUCGCUGGCAUUACCAUAAAUUAGUGAGUACCAGGUUUUUCCUACUAUAUGCCGCUGUUCCUGCUACUGCCACACCCUUUUAUCCAUGUUGCUGGUCUCUUGUGUUUAUUACAUGGGUCACACCUUUUGUGACCCUUGUACCAAACAUGGGUCACAAAAUUGCCAUGCUUUGCAACUUUGGGUAGAAAAACCAAUAGCUUUUGCUCAUGAUGAAACUAAAUUGUGGCCAUCCUCAUAAUUCAAGCCAGUCCUCCAUGAAAGCAAUUCAGGUUGUCCUUCUCUUCGGCAUAAUCUGUGUCCAGGAAACAGCCCCUCUGUGUGGUUGUUCCCUUUAAAAAAAGGGCUGGAUUAGUUUGACCAUUCCUGGUGAAUAAACAAACCAUUAGGCUACAGCAGUUCCAAACACACACUGUAUAGUAUUUUGCAAUGGUGUUGGGUUUAAUGUUACAAGUUGCUAAUCACACAACAUAUAUAUUCAAAUAAUUUAUAUUUAAAAAACGUACAACUGCCAUGCAAUAGUUUAUGAUUUUAUUAUUUUGUUAGGGUUUUUGUCACAUUUUAGUCACUAGCCCAUUUCUUCAGAGUUUUGGGCUUGUAGGAAAAGUUAUGAGAAUUGCACCAUAGGUGUUGCCCACUCAGCUGCCAUUUGUUGGGUUGAAUCAUUAGGCUGCUAAGACAAAGACUAACUGAAUUGAUUUCAUGGAUGACUGUCUUGACUUGUGAGGAUGACCACACAAUGUAGCAAAAGCUAUUGGUUUUCUACCCAAAGUUGCAAAGAAAAUGUUGUAAUCCGUUUAAUAAACACGAGACCAGCAACAUUUACGGAGGGGUGUGUCAGUAGGAACAGCAACAUCAAGUUGACAACCUGGUACUUUCAGACUAAUAUUUGGUAAAUAAUGCAAGUGAUUUCAAAUGACAAAUUUCUCUGAACGGGGGGGGGGGGGGGUGAAACACCUGAUUCAGAGGGAAUACAUUACAAGCCGCAGCUCCAUACUACUUGUUAGUCACAACUGAUGCUGUAUACUGACCAUUGGUGUGGGGGUCCUUGGGUGGCGUUUGAUAGGAAAACCUUUGGUCCAAGUAAGAUGUUGGGUACUAUAUUUAUUGAAUAUUAUGUGAAUCCUGUAAAUUACAAGGGCCAAUUUGGGUGCAAUCAAUUAGCUUCAUUUCUCAAAUAAAAUGUCAAGAAAAUGAUGGCGCAGGAAUGGAAAUCUUAUGUUUCAAAAUACAGGUGGCUUGCUGAAAUGACAUGGAAUGAGUAGCUAAAGUUCUAAUCAAUUCUUUAGGUGUGACCAUGUUCAUCGCAGUUAUGUGUGGGAAUGUGCAAAACAGUGGGGUUUUAUUGAAAACCGGUUUUAUAGAUUUACGAAAAUUAGAUGACGUUCACAUCUCAUUUUUAUCAUUCUGUACCAAAUUGACAAAAUAUUUUAUUACCACGACCACAAAUGCAGUAUUUUCCAAAUCGUAUUGUCUAUGGCUGUGUAUAUAGUUAUUUUAAAAGGCCACACAAAAUGCCAAGUAUAUUCUAUUCUAAAGCCCUUUUUUUAAGUGGUCAACUGUAUUAAAGUUUAGUGGUUUCAUUUGGAGUGGUUUUUACAAUUGUAAGUGUACUAAACACAUCACAAUACUUUUAUUCUAUUGCCGUUCAAAAAAGCCGGUUUCAUUUUUCUAAGAGCUUUUGUUCUCAUUUUGCAUUGCAGUAAUUUAAGACUGAUUCAUGACAUGUCUAAAGGUCUUGGCAUCCAUUUCAAUUUUGUAACAUUGGAUGUCCUCUUGAUCAAUGUUAAAUAAAUAAAGACAUUUUUAUUCUUUA